AUGAUUAGCAAGAUUGUCUUCAACACUGCUUCCAAAUCCUUUAUCAGAACAUCUAUUACCCCAGGUGUUUUAUCUACGACUAUUAGAUAUUAUUCAGCACCACCAUCCAAAUUUGCAUUUAAAGUGGGUCCACCAAGACUUCCAAAAGAAGAACAAGAAGAAUUUGAAAAAUUACAACUGAUUGCAAAUUCACAAAUUGCUAUUGAAGAAUAUAAUGAUCAAAUUAAAGAGAAUAAUAAUGGAUCUACAGAACAGGAAUUAAAACCACCUGUUGUUAAUUCAGAUAUUGGUACUUUUUCAAGUUUGAAAAUCAUUCCUGAAUUUGAAGGUAAUGUUAAUCCUAAAACAGGUGAAAGAGGUGGUCCUAAACAAGAUCCGUUGAAACAUACUAAAGAUGAAUGGAGUUUUAAUGGAAGAGUUAUUGAUUUCUAA